UCACUGUUGGUUUGGGGCAAAGUUAAUGCGCAGGCGCAUUUCAGGAAAACCAGCUGCGCAGGCGCAUUUCAGGAAAACCAGCUGCGCAGGCGCAUUUCAGGAAAACCCGCUGCGCAGUCGCACUAGCCACCUGGAAAGUAAUCCUGUAGUACCUCAGUUUUGUUGCUUAGGGUACCCCUGUCCCCAGUCGGCUUUGCAGACACAGCUGAACAUAAGAAUGUGUGACGAUACGGGAUAUAACGAAGCCUUUUAUGAACAGCUACGACUUCAGCAGCUGUAUGGAGAACGUGAGGCGGGAGAUGGUCAGGAUCCGUACACAUACCGGGACCCCAGUGAUGGUACCGAGUAUGAGUGGGACAUAGAAAAGAAGGCCUGGUUCCCUAAGAUAACAGAAGACUUUUUGGCUAUGUACCAUGCAAACUAUGGUGUAGAUGCGGGGAGUACAGACAAUACUGUUAAUACUGAUGCUGCAAAAGCCAAGGAAACGUCAGUCUCCAGUGAAGCACAAGCAAUAAAGAAACCUAAAGAGGAACAAAAGCCGCAAACUGAGCAAGGCGAGCCCAAAGCAAAAGGAGAAAAAAGAAAAGCAGACCCAGGAUGGUUCAAUGUAGAAGCCCAGAGAAACACUAAUGUUUAUGUAACAGGGCUCCCUCCUGACAUUACAAAUGAAGAAUUUGCUGAGAUUAUGUCUAAGUGUGGUAUUAUCAUGCGUGAUCCACAAUCUGAGGAUUAUAAAAUAAAGUUGUACAAAGACAGAGAAGGAAACCUGAAAGGGGAUGGAUUGUGUUGUUAUCUCAAAAGAGAAUCUGUGGAUCUUGCUUUAAGGCUUCUUGAUGAGUAUGAGAUAAGAGGCUACAAGUUGCACGUGGAAAAUGCAAAGUUUCAACUCAAAGGAGAGUAUGAUGCCACUAAAAAGAAGAAGAAAUGCAAAGACUACAAAAAGAAGAUAUCUAUACAGCAAAAACAACUGGAUUGGAGGCCAGAAAAGAAAGCAAAUGAUACAUCAAGAAUGAGAUUUGAGAGAGUUGUGAUCAUUAAAAAUAUGUUUCACCCAAAAGACUUUGAGGAGGAUCCUUUGGUAUUAAAUGAAAUACGAGAAGAUCUUCGAUCUGAAUGUGAAAAAUUUGGGCAAGUGAAGAAACUCUUGAUAUUUGAUCAACAUCCUGAUGGAGUGGCCUCUGUGGCAUUUAAAGAAGCAGAAGAAGGUGAUAUGUGUAUACAAGCUUUGAAUGGACGCUGGUUUGGUGGUCGCCAGCUAAUUGUGGAAUCAUGGGAUGGGGUAACUGAUUAUCAGAUUGAAGAAACAUCUCGAGAAAGAGAAGAAAGGUUAAAAGGCUGGGAGAAAUUCAUCAGUGGCGAUGGGGAGAAAAAAUCUGAGGGUGAAAGCACCCCUUCAAAUAAUAAACAAUCAGUUGAAAAUAUGGACAAUGGCACCACAUCAGAAUGUAACAAGGAGAACAAUAUUCAUCGGGCAGAAAAUCUUCAGACUGAUCUUCCUCAAGAUGAUGCUCAGUCAACAGAUAGCAGCAUUGGAAGCAGUGAUGAAGAAAGUGAAGAAAACAAAGGACAAUCAUAGUGUUCAUGGCUGCAUGUGUGUUUUAGCUUGUUCUUGUGGUUUUUAUUUGUAAUGUUGGGGUGAACCAAGUGUGAUAACCUGUCUAUAUGUGGCUCAUCAGAUCUUCAAAAUUGACGUUCGUUGCUCAUCAUCAGAUCUUCAAAAUAAAUGUUCAUUGACGUUUGGGGAAAAAAAUAGAACAGAAAGACCCACAAAGAUUUUGCGCAACUUUUUCCAGCAUUUGACAUCAGCUCAUGAAACUAGAAAAACCCGUGUGUGUAAGAAAGUUUGCGGCCUGGAUUUUUUUAAAAACAAAAUUAAGUUGUUUUCAUGCAUAUCUGGUAUAAAAUAUUAUUUACGUCUGUUUUCAGACUAAUCAUUUUGUUUAUACCUGGUAAAACAUAGGCUUCACUGAAAUGCUUCUGCACUGAAAAACAAAUGCCCUCUGUGUCUUUAUAAUAUGCCAUACUAUCCCAUAGAAAAGAGUUCAAUUUUUGUAGCAAAGUUGCAUAAAAAGUAAAAUAAAUGCUCUUUGUUUGUUGUACAUAUUUUCUGAUGUGCAGGUAUAUUUCAAAUUAUUUGUUUUGCUAAAGGACAACUUUUUAUUCCAAGACCCAAAUAGAUUUCUUACAGGAUUCAUUACUAGAGGGAGCUUUUAACAUGCAUCUCUAUCUCUUUAUUAAAGUCAAAUAGGUUAGCAGAG